CCAUGAUUUAGCUCGUCACGCAGGGGCGCCCGGCACACAGGGAGGGAGGUUACUUAUGAUUUAGUGUACCCGUAUUUGGUAUAGCGCAUUACUAUUUUUAAGUUUAAAGUUCCCCCCGAACUCUCCUCACUUCGAAAGCGGUAGCCGCUAAUUUGAUCAUCGUGAUGCUUAAAUCCCACAUAUCCAUCUGAACCAUCAACCAUGGCACUGGUCGGUACCGUCCUCUUUUGUACUAGCUGUGGAAGUCUCCUGAAUCGGAUACCUCCCGAGAAACCGACCAUCACUUGUGAUGUUUGCAAAAGCUGCAAUAAAAACAAGUGGCUCACGUCCGUUACGACUAGAUCCAGACCUGAUGCUUUCCCGUCAGUUCUUCUGCAAAAGCGUAGUGGUGCGGUCAAUCAGACGAUGAAGUCAGAAGAUGCAGAGACGUGGCCAUCGACCACUCAAUCAUGCCCCUCCUGUGAGAAUCCGACUAUGUUGUUCAAGGACGUGCAACUGCGCGGCGCAGACGAAGGGUCUACAAUCUUUUAUCGCUGUCCCAAAUGCAAUUACAGAUUCAAUACCAAUAAUUGAUGUCGGCCUUGGUGUUGGAGCAGCAGCAGCUGGAUGAGUUACCGUCGCGACCUUGACCUGAUAGACGGAUAAGCAUUUGCCGCCCAGAUGAGCUGGUCGCCGGUUGUGUACUAAUUCAACCAUUCCGUGGAAUUUCCGUUCAUACU